GAUCCUUGUAACAGGAGAAAUUUCAGACCAAAACCACACCUGUGCUGGCGUCUUGCACUGAAGCGGAAACAUUUUAAGAGAGAAUCAUGGAUAUAGCUGCCAAACGCGGUUUAGCUUUUGAUGUUCUCUGUAAGACCACUUGCUGGGCGCCGGCGUGAAAUAACACGGAAAGUUACCUCAAGUUGUGCCUUAAAGAAUGAACAUCAGAUUUACUGGAGACGUAAGCCCCGUAAGAUGAGAAGUUAAACUGUCUCUUGCCGCAUAUUUCGGCGUCUUGCAUAAGAGCUAUGUGAGUGCAAAAAAUCAAUCACGCGUGAAAAUUACGCAUACCUCGUUUUUCGCUGGAAUGGAUAUUAAGAUAAUUCCUGGGAACUUUGCUAUAUUGCCGUAGAGAGUUAUUAUUAACGUGGAAACAAAUCAACAGUUGUUAUCUAGACGACUGAAGGCUACAUUCUUGCACGUGGAAUCAUUCCUUUUCAUCGCCAAUCAAAAUCACUCUCGGCGCCAGGUAACUUGGAAGGGAAAGACGCAUUUUCUACGUACAACGGAUUUAUUUACCCGAAGAAAUAAACUCAUCACUCCUACAAAACUAUUGCGUUGCUAAAUACUCGCGCUGCGCGUGAACACUAACAGUUAGAUAAUAUAACAUUUUUUUCAAUUUCUGUCCCAGUCGAUCUCUUAUUUCACCUGUUGGGUCAGGUAAACAAGUUUAAAGAGGCCAGAAAAGCCUAUAUGCUCAAGCGAGGACGGCUCUCUCUACUCGUGUUUGUUGAUUCCAAACAGGAAAGCUGGGAUUAUGUUUUAGAACGAAGGAGUGUCCACAUGAAAUGAAGUUUAAGCAGGCAUAUCGGUAUUGGAAGAGUCCUGUGACGGAGCCGUAAUUGUAUUCUGUACAUAUUUAAUUUAAAUAUUUACGGUAAAUCCGGCCUCAAGUACUCAUACCUAGGACAACACCACUACAGUGGCUUAUAAAUUCCAUCCGGCGAAAUGGCGUCCCAGCUCACGAAAGAAAUAAGCGACCAAUUUUUGGUCUGCAAAAUAUGCUUGGAACCAUACAAGCAGCCAAAGACGCUGGACUGUCUUCAUGUAUUUUGUUCUGACUGCAUAGAGAAACAUAUGGACGCCCAAAUGGAGCGGACGUCGUACCGCUACGCGUCUUACAUGAGAAAUGUCUCGUGCCCGUUGUGCCGAAAACGAACAGACAUACCGAACGGAGGAGUUCGGAAACUGCCGGACAACUUCCUUGUCUCCAACCUCACCGAGAUUGUCAACAGAAGGAAGCCCAGUGCUGUACCCCUCUGUGAUAUAUGCCACAAUCUGCAUUCUAAAAACAACGAGGCUGCGUCCAAGUGUCUUGAGUGUUCGAAACUCCUGUGUAAGUCCUGCGUAGAUCUCCAUACCCGGACUAAGGUGACGGCCCACCACAGCCUGUGUGAUGUCGAGGUGGAGAAGGACAUUCAGUGUCAGAGUCAUCCAGAGGAACAGAUUCGCUUUUACUGCGAGCCUUGUCAGAAAUGUAUAUGUGUCGUCUGCGCAUUUCAAGAACACAAGGGCCACGAGGUGUCGUCAUUCAACGAAGGCAUGCAGCGCUAUCGAGAUUCUUUACAAACUUUGGUGCAGUCAAGCAAAGUUCGCAUCGAACAAAUCAAAUCUCAGUUGGACUUCAUAGACGAUUGCGAUAACAACAAAAGUGAGGCAGAAAAAGCGAUAAGGGAAAUGACAGAGAUUUUUGUAUCUCGUGUUCGCGCAAGUGAGAAUCAGCUUAUAAAUCAAUUGAACGAUAUGUACGGCGCAGAACUCCUGGAAUUUCUGCAGAAGCGAAACAUGUUGCAAGAUAACCUCAACGGCUUGCAAAGCACGUGCAAUCUAACAGAAAUCCUCAUACAAAACCAAAACAUCGAAAUGCUACUGAUGAAAAAUGAUAUACAACAAAAACUCGAGUCUCUACUGAGAUCUGGCGUCAGAACACCGCCUGCUAAUGCGAAAAAGCACAUCUCUUUUAUCCCAGGCUGCGUAUCUCUUGGCCAUCUUUCCACAGACUGCGACGAAACAGAAUUAGCCGAGGGGAGAAUGGCGCUGCUUCCUAAAGGAGUCACGGUAGACACCCAGACGCCAAUAAUAACCAACAGUGAACAAGAAACCUCCAUGGGAAGUAGCAUGAUUGAGGUGCUAUCCCAUGAUAUUCACACCCAGACGCUACGCAGACGGCAGAAAGACCAGGCAACAGCGCCGGAAUUGCCGUUCACGUAUACCACGGGUACGAUGACCGCCCAGGCCAUAGUCCGCAGCUACGGCGUCGUGACCGACGAGCCCGACUUCAGACACAAGCGAAUCCAGACGGAGGAAUUCUUAGAGAGAAGGCAAGAGAGGCGGGACAGACGCAAUCGCGAUCGUUCCCUUUCCCGCGUUUCUCAUAAGGAAACGAAUACCGAACGCACCGCGUCGCAUGAAAAGACAACGUGUACUGAGAUCGUAGAACACAGCGAUCAAUCUACCUCAACGGCCGUCGUCACAGUGGACGCAUGGAUGUCAACAGCUAAGAUUAAAACAAAAGACGCUCAGACCGAGUCGAGACCAGAGACGGAAGAUAAAAAUGUGUCAAUUAUCCCUUCAUCUUGUCAUCAGAAAACGAUGACAGAUCCGGUUGAACCAUGGGACGCUGGGGCUAAGGAAACAGUUGACGCUUUUACAGAUAUGGUGUCGCUGCCGGAGACAAUUGAAGUUGGGACGGGGACCACACCCGUAGAGUGUACUGAUAAAUACGUGGACGCUUACCGCGGCGAACAGAAAGAUCAGAAUAGCAUGACAACCACAUGUUCGGUGACAAACAAAAAAGUUGGUACGAUACAGCGACAACUGAUUGAAGUCGGUAUCUCUAUGCCUCCGUUAAGAACUGCUGUUGCCGGCGUUUCUACGGAUGACUUGCCAUGGCCACCGAGGGCGGCAACGUCGGAUAAAGGCACACUGAUGGAUAUUCUGCCAGGAUUUGAUCAAGAGACAGUUGGCGUUGACGUAUGUACAAUGACAUCUCCUUCCGUAGAAAACAAGGAAACGUCUACAGAUAAACUUUCACUAUCAGAAAAGGCUGUGAUGACGCCUAAGCCACCAAGGGUUCACAGAAAAUGCGGCACCACUCGCGUACACACUGUUGAAACUGGCAUCGCAAUGCCAAAGAUAGUUAUGGUAGAUCAGGCCGUGUCGGCGGAAAUACCGCCUGAUAAACCUCCAGUCUCCGAUCAAGGGACUUCUACAGAAGUCGUAAGCCGUGAAAUCGCAACGGAGACGGCAAUGGGUGCUCCAGUAGACAAAGCGACAGGUACGAACAUUUCGAUGUCUGACAGUAGCACGGAAACUGUUGGUACAUGUUGCGUUGAUAUCGGUGUAGGAGACUCGGUGUUAAUUUUUACAACCGAUUCCUCAGUUGGAGACGCAUCAGUCUUUACACAAGAUACGUCAGUGGCAACAGUGAACGCCAAAACAACUGACAGCGCCACUGCCACGCCCACACUGGAGACAAAAGACGCUCAAACAUUUACGGCACCACCAGUGUGUUAUACAAAAGCCACAGCGACAGAUAUAUUAACCGGUAUUGAUAAGCUGUGUCAAACACCAACUGUUUCUACCGUUGAAACCGGUACGUUGGUUGCCGCUGCCACCAAAGACGCAGAGACAUUUAUGCCUGUCACACAAAGUCAUGAUAAAGAGACACAUACAUCUGUAAUGAUUACUGAUAGCGGUGUCGGUGACGCGUGUGUUUUAAGCCAGGAUUGUGCCACAUGGACACCAAUAUUUCACUCAGACAAGGAAACGGGUAUGGAUCUUCGGCUGAAAGAUGCCAGCACUGCAACAACGGCUCCCGAGCUACGCCAUUUUGGUACUGAUAGCGUGAUCGAAGUCAAAGACGGCAGCACAUCAACUGAACGCGCAACUACAGCCGACGUCUCCACAGCAACUCCUCAUAUUACCUGCGCGGAGAAAUCCGCAGAGACGUACUCAACGCACCUUGACGUGGCAAGUAUAAGCACAAUGACAAAGAUUAGCACCAAGGACGCCGCGUCCGACUCUUUCCCCGUGUCUGUGGCGAAUAAGGCAACCUAUGUCCAAGUUGCUACUCGGGAUACCAUGGUUGGUGAUGGCAACGUUUUAUCUCAUGAUAAAUAUACGGAGGCAAUGGUGGAUACAGCGGACGGAGUUACGUGUACUGAAGCUGUUGGUAUUAGUGAUAUGGCAACUGACGCAUAUAGGGCAGUUGUUGUAGACACGGGUACUGCAACUGAGCAUGCAGAAUUAACUGAUAAAUCGUGUGGUUCUGAAAUAAUGUUCAGUGAAAAGUUUACCGGAACAGAAACAACAGAAAGCUGUGACAAGCAAACGGGUAUGGAACAUAGGACUUACGCCGACAAAGCCAUACGAGCCUUUCCUCAUAUGAAACAUUGUAAAAUUGGAACGAAAGAGAAAGAUCUUGCGCACAAAGAGACUUCCACUAAUGUUAUUAUCGUUGACAAUGGAUGCGGUGAUGGCGUCAUUGAAUGUAAAGAUGCAACAACUACUACAACUCGACCUCAAUACUCAGAUUUUGGUACGGGGUCAAACAAUGUGAUAGCAACGUCCAAGGGUACAAAUACACGAAGAUUUCGUAUGGUAGAUAAAUCUAUCGUCUGCUCAAUGAGACCACUAACUGCCAAUUCUACAACCGAAAUGGAUGUCUUACAAACUGCGGAAGUUGGGGUUUUGACUGACAAAAAUAAUUAUGUGGACAAGAAUGUUGGCUCUACAAUAUCAGUGGUUGACUUUGGACAAGGGGAUAGCACCGUAUAUACUGCUUCCAUAUAUUCUCAAACACAAGAAAUUGUAGUUUCAACAUCUGACAAGGGAUGUGAAGCUACUGUAGAGAUGCACAAUAAAAAUCUUGGGACACCGCCUACUAUUCAAAGUGAUAUGUCCACUACCACCCGCCCUAUUGUUACUGCUGAUAGGUCAACCCUAACAAGACAGACAUCUUUCAUUGACAAGGAGUCAGACGCUUUCACCAUACCCAUGCCCAGCAAACAAACAGGCACAGACUUGCCUGAGACAUUUGACAAGGAAAGCAACACCGAUGAAAUAAUCACAGAUCCUGAAGCAGAAUUAUUAAUGGCCAAAGAAAUAAAGGCCAUGGUCAAUGGGUUCCAAAAAGAUAUUGGUGAGCACGAAAAGCCAUCCUUUAGUGACAAGGCUACAUCGGCCAGAGUAAGAACAAAAAGCAAGAGUACUACAUGUGACAGCGAAAUGAAUACAAGCAAUGAAUACACCCAGACCAAUGGGUUGGAGGGACGGGAGGAUAAGGCAUCAAGUCCGAUCAAGUUUAUCUACUCCAAUGAUGACAUUUCCCUUACCAGAGAGGACAGUUUGGAAGAAAUUUCGUUACUGGCAUCAGUUUCGUCCAAAGUGGCCAUGUUUGAUCCAAACAAAGUCUCCUCUCCUGAGCAGGGGAAAGUACAACACGUGCACAGACGCCCGGACCCCCCAUCAACUCUGGAUAUUGGGAAAUCAGAAAAGAGCACGUCCACUGAUGUUUUAUUCCAAGUAGAUCAGCAAACGUCACCUAUUGGGUCUCCAACAGACAAAUUAAGUUUUGUGAUGAAAGUUGAUAAAGACGUCUCCAAGUCGCUUGUUUUGACGAGAGGAAAGAGAGGUCAGACAGCACAAUUUACAGCAAGUGUGAAAAAGAAACAAAUGGUGGAAAACAGUACAAUGACAGACCCACUCGUAUUUCCCAGUGGGUUUGUAUAUCCUUCAUACGAGGAAAGAGAUGACAAGGAAAAUGUAAUUCCUUAUACCUCUAAGAAAUUCAUACAGAAUCGUUCUGUAGGAACUGGAACUUUACCCUUGUCAGCUGAAAAACUCAGAGAUUUGGACAAAAGCAAUCACUUGAUAACUCAGUCGGUGUCCACUCAAACUGCAUUGAAGAAACACAGGAAAGCUGACAAGUGUGUGGGGACAGAUAUGCAAACUUACAAUGGUGAACUGACAAAAUGCAUCAGCAAGUUGAAAAAUGUCACUCAACGCUUGGAGUCCCCCAAGCAACAACCUUUAGCAAGAAGCCAAAGACUUAACAUCAACCAAUUGCUCUCUGAUUCAGAAUCAAUGGAUUCUUUCAGCAGUGGCUCCUCCAAAGGCAGAGGGUCAUUGGGUGAGAUGGAGGGUCAUACUAAGGAAUCCUUGUUAGUAUCCCCUGAUCACCAAGAUUUGCAAGAAGGAAGCCCUGCACAAUCCUCUUCACUUGAACACCAUACAGAGCAAGGCCAACAAUCUGCAGCCAGCUCCUCACCAUCAGGUCCUUCCAGUACGACCUCUUCCUUUGCAAGAAAAAAGCUUCAUGAUAUGCCAGAGUCACAUUCUAAAGACCUUGAAAGACUGCAGAGGCUCACUAUGAUGCUGAAGGACAUUGAGGCCUACAAGAAAAAUACAAGUGAUACUAGUAGUCAUGAAGGAACACAUGACAUAUCACUGGAUGAUAGCAGUUCCCAGGGUCACCAUUACCCAUCACAGCCACAAGCCUCCACAACUAGCAGUGUUCAAGACAUGAGCAGAAUAUCAUUCAAAGAAAUGCCAACUUUUAAAGCCAAAUUAGGGAGAUAUCCCAGGGUUUCCCCAGAACUGAGUAGGUCGCCAAAACCUACUGAGGCUAGCCCUGAGUCGAGAGCAACAGAGCCUGCCAAAUGUGGUCCCAGUGAGCCUGAUAAUGCCACCAAAGACCGUAGAAAAGCUCUAGAUGACCUCCAGAAGAUGUUGUCGACCAUAGGCACUGAUGAUGUAGCAUUUGGGGUCCAGGUGCCCUCAGCUAAUGGUACUGUGGCACCUUCAAGGCACUUACCAUCCCAUCCACCACAUGCUUCAGAGGAUACAGAACUUACCACUGCAGAGCAAGACCCACUCAUGACAAAGCACAGAGCUGUACCAUGUGUCACAUACAUGGUUCAAGAUCAGCCUUCACAGGAACAAUGGGAGAGAGCUUCUCCAGCUGAAACAGCCACCUCAGAAGCAAAUGUUUCAGUGGACCAAAAAGCUGAUAAACUACCCCCUGCUCUACCACCAAAACCCCCUUUGCCUAGACUAGGCACUACUUUAUCAAGUGCUCAAAUGGCAGCAGAAACCAAGGCAACACCACCCAGACAAAAGCCAAGGCUUCCACCAAGAACUUACAAACCCAGUUCUUUCAGUGCUUUGGGGGCACCAAAUCAGAAAGAUCCAGGGACCCCUAAGCAGAAGUCAUAUCAAAGAAGCCAAACUCUGAGCAGCCCUGCCGAAAUGUUGACACCAACUGAUAACCAGAUAUCACAGAAGAAACAGCCAGGUGUUUACGACAUACGGACUCCAGCUGUUUCACCUGUAAAGAACACCUCCAUCACAGGUAAGAGGGCGCCCUGGAGGAGACAAACCUUAGGUGGCCCCAUUGCUGCACCAAAACCUAUGGAAACUCCAAGAAGUAGAAGCGAAACCAGAAUCCACCACAGUCAACAAGAGAACAAACCAUCACCUGAAUCUGUUCCCAUGAACAAACCCCUGGAAGGUCAAUUUUCGAACCAGCCACAGUUUAAACCACCAUUAAAUGUCCGUCAGAAAGCCACUGUUCACUCUCCUCCCUUUGAGUCCCCAGUACUUCACUCCCCAAAACUGUCAAGAAAAUUCAUGAAGGAAGAACGCCAACAUCAAACGCUUGAAAUCCAAGAGAUGAUCACUUGGGUGCCAAAAGUGGUUCUACAUGAUGAACAGUAUCCAGUUUGAGAUGACUAAUAAAUAACAAAUACAGGGGCAUUCUUGACAGUAGUGCUGAAGUUGAAAACAGGACUUAGCUUAGGGCUCAUCCCCAAUAAAACCAUCUGUCUAGUAGAUUGAUCAAACUCUGUGGGAACUGUUGCUGAAUGUAAUCACAUAAGUCGAUUGACAUGCCUCCACUUGGCAUUGAGUAGAAUACUGAAAAGCUGGUGAUACAAGUGUGUUAGAAACAAGAGGAAGCAUGUUAAUCUGAUUGCAUUCAGCGAGAGUCCCUAUGAGUUGGGUUUAUCUAUGUACACUGAUAUUUUCAUUGGGAAUGAGCCAUUACAUGGACUCCUAUAAAUUUUAGCCAAGUUACAUUGACAAAUACGGUAAUGACUCGAUCUUUUCGAUGGGGGAAAAUUGUUAAUUUUACAAACACUGUAUUUUUUAAGUCAAUUUCUUAAAAUACGAGCAAUCCUAUUGAGUGGUUGCAACAAAAUUGAAAAGCAGACUACCUUAUAGUCCUAUUCUAUGCAUUUAAAGCACCACAAAUGCUGUAUAAAAAUAUAAUUUUUAUGAUUUAAAAAUGAUGUACCUGAAAGUUUGAUAAUUUUUGCCUAUUGAAUAGAUCAAGUCAUUACCGUAAAUUGCUGCUUCCCUCAUUCACAUUUUUUCUACUCUCAGUGUCACUCUCAGUAGGUGUUUGACUGCCAGUAAUGUUUGGAUGUCAAUCUUUGAACACCAUAAACAUUGUUGUAUCAAAAAAUGUAACAUGACCUAUAAAAUAUAAGUUUUUUGAUUGCAUUUAUAUUGCAUGCUGUUUAUACAAGUAACUUAUAUCAUAUAAUGUAAGUGCACAUGCAGAUUUGCCUAACAACUUCCAGAAAACAUUUAUUUCAAAAUAAUUUAUCUUGUUAUAAUAAAUGCUUUCAUAUUUGUUUUAUAAAUGGAAAAGCCAACAUCAGAUAAAAACAAAAUAGAGCAUUAACAAUCUCUCUAGGAAACAAAAACUAAAAGAUUUAAGAAAAAAACGGCUGCCUGAUACCUUUGCAUGAUAUGUCAACAACAUGUAAGUCGGACAUUUCUGACAGAAAUAUAUUUUUAAAACUUCCCAGCAUGUAGGUCUUUAAGCAAAUGGAGGAAUACCAGUAAUUUAAGAUGAUGCAAUACAGUUUCAGUGAGAUGUAACUUGCCAAAGGCGUUUAAAAUACCUCAACAAGUCAUGUUAUUUCAGACAAGUCUUGCAUUUGUAAGACAUGUACAAAACCAAUAUGAUAGGGUCCAGAAUACGGUACAAUUUAAAUAUUUAAAGUUGAAUUCAGUUUAAGAAAUAAAUUUAGGUUUGGUAGGUAGUCAACGUGAGAUGUGGUUUAUGCUUGCUUCUGAAGCUUUGUGUCAUAUCUGCAUAUUUUGCUUACAAGUUUUGUUGAUUUUUAAACAAAUGUAAUUUUAAUUCUAUUUCAGUAAUAAAUGUUUUACACGUG